AUGGGAAAGCUCCGGGGCCAGAACACAGGCCCGCCGGCAGCCGCCGCCUCCCUCCGCUUCGCCGCGCUCCUCAAGUCGUGCGGCCGCACCGGUGACAUCCGCCGCGGCCGCGCCCUCCAUGCGCGCCUCUUGCUCACCGGCGCAGCUGCCACGUCCACCUUCCUCGCCAACCACCUCAUCACCAUGUACUCCCACUGCGCCGACGCGGCCUCCGCCGUCCGCGUGUUCGGCGUCUUACCCUGCCCCAACCUCGUCUCCUGGACGACACUCAUCUUGGGUCUCGUCCAGAACUACAUGCACCACGACGCGCUCGCCACCUUUGCCGCCAUGCACCGUGUGCACGUCGCCCCCACGCAGUUCGCGCUCUCUAGCGCCGCGCGCGCCGCGGCCGCACUCUCCGCCCCGCGCCCCGGCGCGCAGCUGCACUGCAUCGGCAUCAGGCUUGGCUUUGACACUGAGCUCUUCGUCGCGAGCAACCUUGCGGACAUGUACUCCAAGUGCGGGCUCCUUGACGAGGCGUGCAGGGUAUUUGAACAAAUGCCUCACAGGGAUGCCGUCACGUGGACUACCAUGAUCGACGGCUAUGCAAAGAACGGGAGCCUCGAGGCCGCUAUUCUGGCUUUCCGGGAUAUGAAAUGUGAGGGACUGGUUGGAGCUGACCAGCAUGUCUUCUGCAGUGCGUUGAGUGCAUCAGGAGGGCUCAAGGAUGGAUGGUUUGGUCGAAGCCUGCAUUGUUGUAUAAUUAAGGCUGGGUUUGAACUGGAGACUGUUGUGAGGAAUGCGCUAUUGGACAUGUAUGCUAAGUCUGGGGAUUUGGAGAGUGCCUCUCGUGUGGUGAAGAUUGAUCCUGGAGGUUGGAAUGUUGUGUUAGGCACCUCACUGAUUGACGGUUACAUUGAGGCUGAUCGUAUUGAGGAGGCUCUUGAGACGUAUACUGAGUUGGGGAGGCAAGGUGUCGAGCCCAAUGAAUUCACUUUCUCGAGCAUGAUUAAGGGCUGUGCCAUGCAAGAUCUGCUCGAACAAGGUGCUCAGCUGCAUGCUCAAGUCAUCAAGACAAGUUUGAUCAGUGACUCAUUUGUUGGUUCCACCCUUGUGUAUAUGUAUGGAAAAUGUGGCCUCAUAAGUUUGUCCCUUCAGUUAUUUAAUGAGAUUGGAUACCACACUGAGGCUGCCUGGAAUGCGGUUAUAAAUGUAUAUGCACAGCACGGUCAUGGUUGGGGGGCAAUCCAAGCUUUUGACAGGAUGACUGCAAGUGGUAUCAGGCCAAAUCACAUUACAUUUGUCUGCCUCCUGACUGCAUGCAGUCAUGCUGGAUUAGUGGACGAAGGACUGGAAUAUUUUUACUCUAUGAAGGAUGCACAUGGUAUUGAGCCUAAUGAGGAGCAUUAUUCAUGUAUCAUUGAUAUGUAUGGUCGAGCUGGGAGACUAGAUGAAGCAGAAAAAUUCAUAAGUGAGAUGCCUAUCAAACCCAAUGCGUAUGGUUGGUGCUCCUUGCUUGGAGCAUGCCGGAUGCGAGGAAACAAGGAGCUGGGAGAGGUUGCUGCGCAGAAUCUUAUGAAGCUUGAUCCCGAUAACACCGGUAUUCAUGUAUCCCUUUCUGGGAUAUACGCAUCAUUGGGCCAAUGGGAGGAUGUGAAGUCAGUCAGGAAGUUGAUGAAGGAUAGCAGUAUUAAAAAACUGCCCGGUUUUAGCUAG